AUGGGCCUAUGGCCGCUUUUCUUCUGCGCGCUGGUCAGCGCCGCUCCCUGUGAUUCAGGGAGCUCCUCUGGCACUUGCACGCGGAAUGCUACAGCUUUGAAUUCAGCCCCGCUACUGCUACAGAAGCCUGGGGCGCAGGUGAAGCCUAGUCAUUACCAUGAAGCCCCACAUGUGCUGGACGUCCCCAAGCUAUUCGCCACAGAGACGAGGACUUUGGUGAGCGCCAUGGGAAAGUUCAGUAGUGUCUCCUUGGAACGCUUCGGCCCCGCUGGAGUGCACCACUUCUUCAACUCCGCGAUGAUUUUUGAUUGGUGUUUAUUCUUCGUGGCGGCCUGUGUGGCCGUCGUCUAUCGCCGCUUUUUGGCGCCUGCCUCACCCCAUGCCUCCCUCAUGGGCUGGUUGGCUUUGGGCGCGGUCUAUGCUUUGGUGAUUUUCCUUCACAUGGGAUCUCACCAUGGAUCGAACUGGCUGGCAGGGUACUUCUUAGAGCUGAUCUUCUUGGUGGAGAACGUCUUUGUCUUCCACGGCAUCGGCGAAGCCUUCUGGGCCUCGCCCAAGCAGGUCUCCCGCUGUUUGGUUCUGGUGGCCUGGGCCCAGAUUUUCUUCGAUGUGGUCUUCUACAUGGGCCUCGCCGAGUGGUUGAGGUCUUGGAUCUUUUUGCCAUACCUUCUGGGCCUGUGGCUCCUGAGCUUGGGUGUCUCAGUGCUGGGCCACGAGACGGCUGGAUCACCCGCCGGCUCACCCGUCCCGGGUGGAUCCGCAGCUGCGGCGCCACGUGACACGCCGAGUGGCGCUGCAUCAGACUCCUCUGAAGCUCCCUCCAGCCCAGCUGCGGAUAUGCUCAGGAAUGUCAUGGGCAGCCGCCUCGACAUGGAUGGGCAUUGUGACUCAGGAUUCCUGGUGCUGCGCGAGAAGGAGAUCAGGGUGCCGAUUCUGGACGUCGUCACUUGCGUGCUUUUGCUCGCGGAUUUCUUCCUCGACAUCGACGUGGUGUUGACCAAGAUCGAACAAAUCCCCAACACCUACGUAGGCUUCAGUUCCUCCGCACUGGCCGCGUUGAUGAUCCCGGAACUCUUCGCUUUGAGUCAGGAGAUGUUAUCCUGCUUCCCGCUGCUGCAUUAUGGGAUCGGCGUGAUCCUUUGCAUCUUUGGCCUCCAGAUGUUGCUCCAGGAUUUGCUGGUGAUUGAGCCCUUGAUCUCUUGCGCCUUGACGGUGCUCAUUUUGGCCGCUUGUGUGGUCACCUCUGCGGUACGAGAUCACUGGAGGUGCCCCGAGCAGCAGCUGAGCGGCCGAAGCUGA